GUUUAUUUGAUCGCCAGCCGUCGUUCGGUUCGUGCUCUCUUCAGAGGGAGAUAAAACACGUACAAUCUCGUCAUCUUCUCACCUGUUUCGAAAACCGCGCACAGAUCGGCGAGAUGUAGCCCUUUUCGACUUCCGCAAAACUAUUCACGCUAUUUCCGGUGGAAAUUCAAAGUCUAGCACGUAAUCGCGCCGUUGUUUUUUGAGAAAACGGCCACAGGAGAGACUUUGCGCUAUAAUUAGAUGUGUUGUUGCAAUGUUGCUGGACAAUUUUAAUUUCAAAUGUGUAUUGUGGAAAUGUGAUUUCAGUGUACCAUGAAUUUUGUUGAAGAGACCGGAAAUAUGGUAUGCUGCUGCCGGAAAAAUCUGUUUUAAAAGGAUGUGGUGGCUAGUGUUGUCGCUGGUAUGGUGGUGCGGUUCAUCAGCCAUUCCGUCACCAGGACCGGAUUUAUGGAAAUGUCCCGAGAUCGACUCUCAGCCAGUGGUUGAAUGCAGCUGCGAUAUGCCGCACACCCUGAGGUGUACGGGAGAUAAAACGGCCUUGAAGAUUAUAGGUGACAUGCUACGAACCAAAGCUUCAGAUUCGGUAUCGCUUCUAGACUGCACCAUCCAAAACGUAACAUCAAUCACAGAACCGAUACUAGAAGGCGUCGCGUUGCAUGGAUUGGUGGUAUCUUCGGGAGAACUUAGGAGUAUAGUCAAUAAUGCCUUUGAAAGACUCGCAUCACCACUACAAGCCUUAGGAUUACCAAACAACCAGCUCGACACAGUCCCAACUACUGCUUUAAAUUCCUUACCGGAGCUUGACAGGCUAGAUCUUUCUGGAAAUAAAUUAGAGAAGUUGGAUCAUAAAUCAUUUGAGGGAUUGCAAAAUCUAUCAUUCGUAGAUUUGAGCGACAACCUCCUCACUGUCAUAGCUCCGGACACAUUCGACAAUUUACCCCAACUGAAAAUACUUCGACUGCGAGCCAAUCAGCUAACGAUAGCAUCAAUCGCAAGACUGAACCCUUUAUCGACUUUAGAAGAACUAGAUUUAUCUGAAAACACAUUAAUAGGACCUCUGGGUCCUGGAACGUUCUCAAAGAUGACAUUCUUAAAGGAUUUACAACUAUCCCAUAAUACUUUGAGCAGUAUAAAGAUGGGUUCUUUGCAAGGUUUGGGUAGCUUGACGUCUCUUAGAGUCCAGCACAAUCAGAUCGAUGUUAUAGAAGAUCACGCCUUCAGUCAUUUGACGUCGUUGUUAACGUUAGAACUAGCUCAUAACCGAAUUGUGGCAGUUUCUGGAGCUUCUUUAGCGCAUCUACAGAAACUUACCUAUUUGGAUUUGCGGCAUAAUUUCCUAAGAGCUCUAACUGCUGAUUUAAUCCAGCCGUUAAAGAAUUUACAGACAUUAAGGUUAGAUGAGAACGACAUAUCAAUUGUAGCUAGUGAUGCAUUUAAGUCUUCAACAGUAUUGGAGCAUCUCACCCUGUCUGAAAAUCCCCUAAACUGCGAUUGCAGUCUCAGCGACUUCGCAAUGUGGUUGAGUAAUUCUAGUCUUAGCAAAGAUGAUAAGUCAACCGCUGUAUGUACGACCCCACCACACUUAGAAAAUGGUCUUUUGAUUGAAAUGCCGACUUAUAAUCUUAUAUGUGGCGAAGAAGACGAUACAGUGAUGGCACCUCUAUCUUCUCCGUUUAAAGCACGAAUAAAUCUUAAAGAUUUCAAUUAUGAUGGAAAGCAUAUUAAACUUUCGUGGGGUAUAGAGGAUGAUUUUUCUUCUUACACUUGUGACGCUAUCUUCAUUUACGAAGAAGAAGGUCCGAAUGAAGUCCUAGUAGAGUCUAAUCCGGUAAAGUGCAAUUCCUCUGAACUGUUGGAUCCAAAAACUUUGAAUCUGACAGUACCCAACGCUAUUCAAUUGCAAGAAGAUCACAGUUACAGAUACUGUAUUGUUCUUCUAGAAUCAAUCCAAGCAGAUGAUGUUUCCCUUAUUCUCGGUUGUUCCGAUAUCUUGCCGCUGCUUAGAAACGUAAAAGUUCAACCGAGUACCAACUUUUCUAUUAAAUUGCCAAGAGUCAUCUCAGUGAUGGCUAAUCUGUCAAACGCCGGUGCUCUGUCCAUCGAUGUUAACGUUUAUCCAAGUGCCAGCUGUGAACUUAACGUAGCAAUUCUCGAACAAAGUGCGCUGUUGUCACAAAGAACAAUUAACUGCAGCAAUCCCAAGUAUAACUUCUUUGGGCUCACAGCGGGCCCUUAUAGAGUUUGCGCGAAUAUAGUAUCUUCUAGUCCUAGCAUAGAUGUCAACAAAUCCAGGUGCGUAACGGUUUUUAAGACAGCCACCACCGGUUUCACCAAUCUGGAUGUAGCAUUUGUAUCGAUAUUUCUAGUUCUGUGUCUUAUGGUUAUCGUUUUGGUGUGGGGCGUCAAGAAGAUCUUGAUGAAACCGAAGAUUCAAACGCACCAGUGUUUUAUGCCACCAGAGUGUGAUGAACAUGUACAACAUAAUAGAUAUGUUAAACUGCAGGCUACUACUAAGCUUUAAUUUGAGCGGUAGAUUUUGGUUUUGAUGUGCCAUAGAAAUUAGUCAAGAAGUAGUCACUAAAAAAAUUCUCACUGUAAUUUAUACAUUAAUUUUAAAUUUAACUUGUAACGAUAAUAUUUU